AGGGAGGGAGGGGGGCGGUGGCGGCAGCUGGGGCUGCAAAAGCAGCUCGGGGGUCCGGAAGUCAACACCAUGUCGAGUCUGCACAAGAGCCGGAUUGCAGAUUUCCAGGAUGUCCUGAAGGAGCCCUCCAUUGUGUUGGGAAAGCUUCGAGAACUCAGUUUUAGUGGCAUCCCCUUUGAGGGCGGACUGCGGUGCCUCUGCUGGAAGAUCCUCCUGAACUACCUCCCUUUGGAGAGAGCCUCGUGGACUUCCAUCCUGGCCAAGCAGAGGGGGCUCUAUUCUCAGUUCCUGAGGGAGAUGAUUAUCCAGCCCGGCAUUGCCAAGGCCAACAUGGGCGUAUCCAGGGAGGAUGUGACCUUUGAGGACCAUCCUCUCAACCCAAACCCUGACAGCAGGUGGAACACGUACUUUAAGGACAACGAGGUGCUACUGCAGAUUGACAAAGAUGUCCGGAGGCUGUGCCCAGACAUCUCCUUCUUCCAGAGGGCCACCGAGUACCCUUGUCUCCUCAUCCUGGACCCACAGAACGAGUUUGAGACCCUCCGUAAGCGAGUGGAGCAGACGACCCUGAAAUCUCAGACUGUGGCCCGGAACCGGAGCGGGGUCACAAAUAUGAGCUCCCCGCACAAGCACAGCACACCGCCAGCGCUGAAUGAAUAUGAGGUCCUGCCCAACGGCUGUGAAGCCCACUGGGAGGUGGUGGAGCGCAUCCUGUUCAUCUACGCCAAGCUCAACCCUGGCAUCGCCUACGUGCAGGGCAUGAAUGAGAUCGUAGGCCCCCUCUACUACACUUUUGCCACUGAUCCCAACAGCGAGUGGAAAGAGCACGCUGAAGCAGACACCUUUUUCUGCUUCACCAACCUCAUGGCUGAGAUCCGGGACAACUUCAUCAAGAGCCUGGAUGACUCCCAGUGCGGCAUCACCUACAAGAUGGAAAAGGUGUACUCCACCUUGAAGGAUAAGGACGUAGAACUCUACCUGAAACUGCAAGAGCAGAAUAUCAAGCCUCAGUUCUUCGCCUUCCGGUGGCUGACGCUGCUGCUGUCCCAGGAGUUCCUCCUGCCUGAUGUCAUCCGGAUCUGGGAUUCCCUCUUUGCUGACGACAACCGCUUUGACUUCCUCCUCCUGGUCUGCUGUGCCAUGCUUAUAUUGAUCCGGGAGCAGUUGCUGGAGGGGGAUUUCACCAUCAACAUGCGGCUUCUACAGGAUUACCCCAUCACAGACGUCUGCCAGAUCCUACAGAAAGCCAAGGAGCUCCAAGACUCGAAGUAACCUGACAGUGAGCCCGGGUUUGGAAGAGCGGCCACCUGCGCUCCGCACCCUGGUUUUUGGGACACAAGGGAGCCAGUGAGAAAGCCAGCCUGAGGGCAAGCGGCAAUCUUGGCCAGCUCCAGGUCUUCCCCACCUGGUCCCCGUGGUCCAGGCGGCUCCUGGAGCACAUGGGCUGUGCUGCUCCCCAGUGCUUGGCCCGCCACCCUCCCUGCACUGCAGCCCUGCUGAGUAGGGCUGGAGCUCCUGAACUGGUUUCCUGGGGCGUUGGGAGGCCGGCAAGGGUCCUGCCAUGCCUCUGCCCAGUAGCUCCUCAUCCUUUGUGCUUUCAUCUCCCCUGGGUCCUGGUCAGGGGAGGUAAUUGGCUAACGGGCCAGAAACCACUUCUGAGUGUCGGUGCUCAAGCUGCUUGAGGAAGUGACCCCAGAAGAUCUGAGUGGCUGCCAGUCCUAGGCCCACCUUUUGUCUCUCCAGCCAGGUGUGUGUGCUCAUGGCUGGUGGGGGCGUGUCUGCGUGCGUGCGUGUGUGUGUGUGUGUGUGUGUGUGUGUGUGUGUGUGUGUGUGUGUGUUUUCACACAUGCCCUGGAAGUAGACUGAGGGUCUGUUGGAGUCCCUCUAAGGCCUGCCUUCCUUCUCUGUCUCUACCUCUGCCUGUCUCUUCCUUGGCCAGAGGUGUUUGCGACUCCUCUCUCCACUUCUCCUUACCCUUCUCUUGGAGCACACCACCCCAAACCUCGUCCCCCUUUCCUUCCCUCUGCUCCCUAAAGCUAGCAGGCAGAAUGAGGAGUGUGGCUUAGUAAGAGCCCGGAGGCCUACCUUGGCUUGGACAUCUGCUCUCCUCCAAGCCCGAGGCUUCCAGGUCCCCCAGUCAGAGAGGGCCCUGGCCUGCUGUGCUCG